AGCCUCGAAUCCACACUCCGGACGGCAGACGCGCUCCACAGUCCACACACACGGACACACCACCGUCCACGGGAAAAGGGCGACGCGCCGGCGGUGGCGGAGUCGCGGAGAGGGUGCGGGUGAUCGCCGCGCAGGGGAAUGGCAGGGAAGGGGGUGAGGUGGCUCCACCACUACUCCUCGGUGCACAGCAUCCUGAUCGUCGGCGACGGCGACUUCUCCUUCUCGCUGUCCCUCGCCGCUGCGUUUGGCUCCGGCUACAACCUUGUCGCAACAUCCCUCGAUUCCUACGGUUGGGUUCUCCCCGCUCCCUCUUGCCCCAGGGCUAAAAGUCGCAGUUAUUUUUUCCCAUGCCACUUGCCAGCACUGCAGAUUCGGCAGAGUACUCUGAUGAAGGCUUCCUUGCGCAUCUCAAUGAGCAUCCUGGUCGUCGGCGUCGGCGACUUCUCCUUCUCGCUGGCGCUCGCCACCGCCUUUGGCUCUGGGGAGAAGCUCGUCGCCACGUCCUUCGACUCCUACGUAUUUUCUCUGCCGUUUCUCGCUGGCAAUCAUCUUGGGGACGGUACAGUUCAUCUGAUCAGCAUGUACAGCAAAGCGGAAUCAAACGUAGCGGAGCUCAAGAGACUGGGCGCCACGGUGCUACAUAGUGUCAGUGUGAAGAAGAUGAAGAAACGCACCGAUCUCAUGUCUAGACGGUUUGACCGAAUAGUCUUCAAUUUUCCUCACGCCGGGUUCAUAGGGAAGGAGAAUCAGGUGCAUAUGAUCAAGUACGCGUGCUCACUCUCUCGAUACAUAAUAUGGCCAUCUUCUUCACUUGUCUAUUUCUUUCCCAUCAUUUGUCUGACACCUCACACAUGCCAGAGAGUUAACUUCGUAUUAACAUUUUCCUGUGUCGUUGUAGCGCCCAUCGGCUGCUGGUGCAAAGGUUCUUCCGCAAACGCGAGCGGAAGGCUCCGUCCCCUCGGCAAAAUACACGUCAGCCACAAGACGGGGCAGCCGUACGACAGGUGGGAAAUCGAGGGUCUCGCCCUCGAGUUUUCGCUUCUCAAGUUUGAGAUGGUCGCCUUCCGUAAAGAGGAUUACCCCGGGUAUAACCAAAAGAGAGGCGACGGUGACAGGUGCGACGAGGAAUUCCCUCUACGCAACGGCUGCACUUUCAAGUUCCAGCGCCGGCCUCGCUGAGCUUCUGUCGCUGGCGUCGCCGUAAGUUGGGGCUUUUAAUUACGAGCAACUUGUGACGCUGCAAGACCGUCGCGUCGCAUGUUUUCCAUGAUGUAUCUGCGACCGACUUCCAUGGACAUGGCGUGCGUUCUCAUGAGACAUCGACCCAUCACUGUGUAGAUUACUACUCCUUGUAGACUAAAAUGUAUAGUACGUAUUUUAUGAAU